AUGGAGUGGCUGGUCAGCUCUUCACACUUGACGUCAGCAGGGGGCGUUCCCUUUACCAGGCCCUACCUCCAGGGAUGUCCUAUAACGCUGCAGCGGGAGAGAGAAGAUGUGGAGGAUUUGCUGGAGUUGAAGGGCCAGCAGCAAAUCAUCAAAGAAGGCGGAGACAGAAGAGAACUGCAUGCACUUGACUCUGUGGCCCGGCGAGUUCGGCGGUGGUGCAGCAAAGCCUUUACAGACAAAAUUUGGUGGGGGGGCUGGGACGGCCAGUUGACGGCUGCAGAUCUUUCUUCUCUUUGCGACGAAGCAACAGAAAACGAUUUGGAUUUAAGGAGACAAACAGGUAAGCAGCAGCAGCAGCAGCAACGGCAGCAGCAGCAGCAAGGGCAGCCGCUAGAGCAGCAGAAGCAGCAGCAGCAGCACGAGCAGAAACAAUUAGAGCAGAAGCAGCAGGAAUAG